AUGACUAGGAUUGAACAAUCUUUGCUGAACUUGACUACGAUGUUGACCGGUAUCUCAAAAGGAUUUCAAACUCAUAGUUCUGAACCUGAAAAUAAAUCAAGAAUGCUGGAACAACCCGUGCAAUCGACGCCUACUAUGGGAUCAAAUUUGUGUAACAGUCCAGCCCGUACUAUACCAUUGUAUAACGAAAGUCUUGACAUUCAAGGAGGUUUACAACCUUCUACCAUUUAUGACAGAACUUCCUACACUCUGCAAUCAAGACCUGAUGGUAUCAUGGUGAAAGGGUAUGAAGAGACUUGUGAAUAUAUUAAUGAGAUUCGAAGGAGGUUUAUUGAUGAUAGUAAAGUUGAAGAAAUUCCUUAUAUCAUGCAUCCGAAUUCCGCGGUUGAGAAGACCUUUAUGGCAUACUACAAUGCUUUAGCCGCGAAUUUGAAUAGGACACCUAGCGAUGAACUAGCCUUGAAACGGUAUAACGUUCGAAAGUUCCCGCCUAUGAGAGUGAAAGAUAUAGAUGGAUUUCAUUAUUGGUUAAGGAGUAUGGUUUGGUAUAAACACACUUAUUUCAUUCCGGAUUACUUAAUCCGUGAUACGAUAAUUGCAACAGCCAAGGAAGUAGAUGAUCCAACAUUGACUAGGACCGUCCAAACGAGUUGCAAGAAAAUAGACAAAGCGCUAUAUUCACCUAUUAAGUAUAACCUUAUAUUCAAGGACUGGAGAAAGAGUAAUAAUGAUGAGAAGCCUACCGAUAUAAUCAGGGAGGUGGAUGAGAUAUUCAAGUUGAACAUUCAUCCACAGAGUGUGAUGGUAAAUGUACAAGGAGAAAUUGAAAAUUACCUUGAGAGUAAUCACGUGAAUGCUUUGCCUGUCGUGGAUGGAUCAGAAUAUCCAAGAUGUUAUAUGAGAGACUAA